AUGGCCGAAGAUAACGCUCUGUUCCGCGUUGUGUCUCACGGUCGCGGCGGAGCAGGCAACAUUCGUGAGACAGCGGACGCGUAUAAGGAGUCGGAGUCGGAUCUGAAAAUCCCCACCCUCAAGAGCGCCGUCUACACGACUGGAAGAGGCGGCACCGGAAACAUGGCCAUCAACGACCCAAACCACCCCGAGAACGCGCGCAUCGCACAGGACGUCGAGGGUGUCCCCCCCGUGCUUUCGAAUGACUUCCAUGGUGGACGUGGUGGCGCCGGAAAUGUCGUCUACCUUGACGACAACGAGUCGGACGCCAACACCAUCGUCGAGGAAGCGCCAUUCUCUGAGAGCCUCGAGAGCGAGAAAGCGCGGCUGGCAGACGGCGAGGUGAAGCGCGACUACCGGGGCUGGGCGGACCGCGGCAAAGACCUUCUAGUAAUGAAGCUCACGGGCCGAGGCAAGAAAUCGACAUCGUCAUGA